AGGAGAAGCUACAGGACAGUCCUGGUGUGUGCUUGAAGAUCAGUCUUUGGACUACCAAUCAGCACUUCAUUUUCUUCUUCUUUUUUAAACUAGGAUGAAAGUAGCGCUACUUUAAAGCGCCAGAGAAUGUUUCUAGUAAAAGAUAGUACAGCUGAGGGUAUAUUUACAUCUGCUUAAAUCAUCUUGGGAAAGUGAAACUGCUUAAGUUCUUUUUGGCUUUGGCUUCAUGUUACUGCGACUAUUCUGAACCCAUGUGGCUGAGUAUUUUCCCUGAGGAGGGGAGGGGGACGAGCCCAGCUCUGCUGAGGAGAGCCACGAUAUUGUUCUGCUUCUGCUUCACGAACCCGCCUACGCGCACGGCGCCGAUUGAAGUAUAAAUAUAGAGGAUUGUUCUGUUUUCAGGGCCCUGACUGUUUUGAUUCCCCCCUCCUCCCAGCAGUUUUCGCCUGCUCCAUGGCCACCGUCGCCUUCAGCGCACCUCUGCCGGAGAGCAGUGCACUUGUUGAGGACUCUGAAUUUCAGGAUCAUGUGCAGAGGAGCCGCGCCUUGAUACAGAAGAUCCUGCAGUCAAUACCCAACACGCACAAAGCCUGCGUCCACGCCAAGGCUCUGCAGCUCAACUCUCCUGAAAACGGCAGGCUUUUAACGAUAGUGUCCAUCAUCGGCAUUCCCUCUGCUCCUGUUCUUAAAAACAUAUCAGAAAACUCCUCUCUGGAGAACAGUUUGAGUCAGAUAUAUGAAGGUCUGCAGCUGCACCAGAUUUUGCUGACAUCUGUCUCCAAUCGGCUGGAGAAAAAAGACAAAGUUGAUGCUCUAAUUGCUGACAUCAGCGAUCUCACCAAUCAGGUCAAAAAGAUGCUGCGAAUGACCCCAGCAGAAGAACCAGUGCCUCCGACCCCACCCCAAAUGACCUUGCGUAUGCCGGGGGAUUACGAGGUCCAGGUGGCAGCGCACUGGACUCUGUUACAGCUUCAGGACUUUGGGCAGGAUGUGAACCGUUGCCUCAGGAUUUUGGAGCGGAGCAAUGACGAGGAGGAGACUAAAAGCUGACCGAAUAUGAAAAUGAUUCACUUUCGGCAUACGUUUUUUCUUUUUUGUUUAUUUGUUUUACAUAUUUAUUUAUUGUUAUCCUAAAAAUAUAUAUUUAUUUUUUAUCUAUUUAUAUAUUUAUUUAUGGAGUUUUAUUUUUGAUAAAGUUUUGCAUUUCACAGACUAAGAACUAUCUGUGGAAAAACCAGAAGCCCUACCCCAGUAGACAUCUAACGUUAACGUUUUCAGCUUUUAUGAAUCAUGUUAAUAUAAUGUACACGCAUUGAAGAAUAAUUAUGGAUUCAAAUAAAAUAAAACUAAUUAUUUAAAACCCACUACGUUUGUAUUUCCUGAUACUUGAAUUGAAAAAAAAAAAGUCUUGAAAAGGGACAGUCAUUCAUUCAUUCUUGACAAUGACCUGGCUAUGCCAGCACUUGCCCAAACUUGCUGCCUCAUAAAUGACUUUGCCUGUAAUUCCUCUGAACCACUGGAGCUUAGAGAAGUGAAACUUAAAGCGAUACAGAGACUGUGGUGUCACAGUUUUUGCCACUCUGAUUUCCUUGAAGGAGUGUCGUAAGCUGUGGAUGACCAGCCGUGUCAUUCACGGGUUGCUUCCUUUGUGCGUUGUGCCAUGUGAUUGCCUCGCCAUCAUGUGAUCAUUCUGACUCAGACGUCUUGAUCACAGUUGUCAGAUGUUAAAUUAUUGUUUUUAUCCGUUUUGGAUGUUCCAAUGUGAUCUGGUGAU